AUGUGGAUGAAGUUUUUGGAGUCUCAUCGGGAUGCUAUUCGAAGUGGUUGCAGGAGAGUUGUAUGGAAGUUGCAGAAGACAUUGGGGAUGGAUGCACGUUGGCCCGUGUUAUGGACUGAAAGCAAGCUGAAAUCUCUACCUUCUCGACAGUUCAUCCAAAUACUGAAUGCAUCGCAACAAGAACGACUCUCAAGCAUUAUCACUGAAGUGGAGUUGCUGUCCCGUUGUUACAAUUAUUUUCCCGAACAUUUGUCAGAUGCAGAUUGGAAAAGGUUACUUCAGUGUGAAACUCAGAAGCAACGGUUCAAUCAUAUCAAAUUUUGUCGUCAGAAAGAAUUAAAGGAAUUGAAAUGUGAGACGAAACAUCAGCUGAAGGUUCCUGAAAAGUAUGAGACUUCGGAACCCAUGUCGGGAUUUGCAAUGUUUGUGGGUGCUACACAACGAAAGCGUAUUGCUAAUCAACGAAGGUUAAUGAAUCAUUUGCAUAAUCUUCAACUGGAUCCGAAGCCUGCACUAUUGGUUGACUGCCGAUUUCUAAAUGAACUCUCACCACAGGCUCUGUCUCAGACUUUAAUCCAGCUUUCCUAUUUGGCAAGUGAAAACCGAGAUCGGCGACGCUCAUGGCCCCUUUAUUUUUUUAAUUUUGAUAUGAGGAAUGAAAACAUCUUGGAAGCACGAGAUAGGUACUUAUCAUUGAUUAAUUCACCAAAAAAUGUAUCUCUCACAAUCUCAUCAUCCAGUUAUCUGAAUCAUUUUUCCCCCGAAGAAAUAAUUUAUUUAAGUCCCCAUGCAGAAUUUGAUUUGGAGGAGGUGGAAGGCUCAAAAGUAUAUAUUUUGGGUGGCAUAGUAGAUAGAGUUGCGCAAUAUCGUUUGCACCCACAUGCAACGUUAUUGGCUGCAAAGCAAGAUGGAGUCAAAGUGUGCCGACUCCCUAUCGAUAGAUAUAUCAAGUGGAAAUCAGGUUCGAGAAGUAUGACUUUGCUCGCGGUCACAUCAAUUCUAUACAGUGUAUAUGAAUCUGGUGGCGAUUGGGAAUUUGCUUUUAGGAAAUAUGUUCCGGUAAGAAAUAUCAGAGGACCAGAAGAAAAGAAUUCUUACGGUCGACGUUUGCAUGCACACAUACAUGAUUAUGAGAGACGCUUACUUAUAGAACUUAAUCAGAGAUUGUAA